UGCCCCGGCCGCCGCCCGCGCAGCCGCGCGCCUGCCAACAGCUGCCGGCGAAACCCCGGCCGAGCCACACGAUGGCUUACUCGGAGGAGCCAGGGGGCAUCCCCUUUGGUUUCAUCCGCCAGAAUUCGGGCAGCUCCAUUUCCUUGGACUUUGAGCCCAACGCCGAGUACCGGUUCGUGGAGCAGCUGGAGGAGCGCUACAAAUGUGCCUUCUGCCACUCGGUGUUGCACAACCCCCACCAGACGGGUUGUGGCCACCGCUUCUGCCAGCACUGCAUCCUGUCCCUGAGAGAACUGAACACAGUGCCGAUCUGCCCUGUGGAUAAGGAGGUGAUCCGAUCUCAGGAGGUGUUUAAGGACAAUUGCUGCAAAAGGGAAGUCCUCAACUUAUACGUGUAUUGCAAAAAUGCUCCCGGAUGCAACGCCAAGGUUAUUCUGGGACGAUACCAGGAGCACCUCCAGCAGUGCCUGUUCCAGGUUGUGCAGUGUUCCCAUGACAGCUGUCAGGAGCCAGUCCUGCGGAGAGAUCUGAAAGAGCAUCUGAGUGCGUACUGCCUGUUUCGAGAGGAAAAAUGCCUGUACUGCAAAAAGGACGUGGUGGUCAUGGAUCUUCAGAAUCACGAGGAAAACUUGUGUCCUGAGUACCCGGUGUCGUGUCCCAACAAGUGUUUGCAGAUUAUUCCAAGAACCGAGGUGAACCGCCACCUGGCUGUGUGCCCCGAGGCCGAGCAAGACUGUCCUUUUAAGCAGUAUGGCUGCACUGUGAAGGAGAAGCGGGGCAGCUUGCAGGAGCACGAGCACUCGGCCUUGCGGGAGCACAUGCUUCUGGUGUUGGAAAAGAACUUGCGGCUGGAAGAGCAGAUUUCUGACUUAUGUAAGAGCCUAGAGCAGAAAGAAAGUAAAAUCCAGCAGCUAGCAGAAACUGUGAAGAAAUUUGAAAAGGAGUUUAAGCAGUUUGCACAGUUGUUUGGUAAAAACGGAAGCUUCCUCUCCAACAUCCAGGUUCUUGCUAGUCACAUGGAUAAGUCCGCUUGGCUAGAAGCUCAGGUGCGGCAGCUAUUACAAAUGGUUAACCAGCAACAGAAUAAGUUUGACCUGAGACCUUUGGUGGAAGCCAUUGACACAGUGAAACAGAAAAUAACCCUGCUGGAAACCAACGAUCAAAGAUUAGUUGUGUUAGAAGGGGAGACUAGCAAACACGAUGCCCACAUCAAUAUCCACAAAGCACAGCUGAAUAAGAAUGAAGAGCGAUUUAAGCUGCUGGAGGGUGCCUGCUACAAUGGAAAGCUCAUCUGGAAGGUGACCGAUUACAAGGUGAAGAAGAAGGAGGCGGUGGACGGGCACACGGUGUCCAUCUUCAGCCAGCCCUUCUACACCAGCCGCUGCGGCUACCGGCUCUGUGCCAGAGCGUACCUGAAUGGGGACGGGUCCGGGAAGGGGACACACCUGUCCCUGUACUUUGUGGUGAUGCGAGGGGAGUUUGACUCGCUGCUGCAGUGGCCAUUCAGGCAGAGGGUGACCUUGAUGCUGCUGGACCAGAGUGGCAAAAGAAACCACAUUAUGGAGACCUUCAAGGCUGACCCCAACAGCAGCAGCUUUAAAAGACCCGACGGGGAGAUGAACAUUGCCUCUGGGUGUCCCCGCUUUGUGGCUCAUUCCACUUUGGAGAAUGCCAAGAACACCUACAUCAAAGAGGACACCUUGUUCUUGAAAGUGGCUGUGGACCUCACUGACCUGGAGGAACUCUAGUCCCUGCCCGUGGGGCGGUAAGGGGGCCUCUUGCAUCCAGAACCGUGGAGAACUCGCUGCACUGUCGUCGGCCUGGCUUUAGGCUCAGUGCACAUUUGGAUUUGGCUUUUUGCCCUUAGUGUUGGAAGUCGAUUUAAAACUCCAGAAGUGCUGUUUUCUACUAACAUUUUCCUCUGCUCCAGUUUGGAAUUUAACUCUUGGUAUCUUGUUAUUUAUAUUUUUAUAUCUCAUGAAAAAUGGUAAGUUUUUUGAAAGCAAGUAGGACCUCUCUCUUUGGUGCUUGGUGCGGUGUCUCAGGUGCUGGGUAAGACUGAAUGUUCUUGAGGACACAGAUAUCACGGACUUCCCGACUGAAAAAUGCUCCAGUAUUUUGUUGUUUGGCCUGUUGAUCGCAGGCUGCCCUAAAUCAUCGUUUGGAAGGUAGGCUGUUCCAGUUGAGUAGUGAGUGAUGUAGUCACAAAGACAACUUGCCCAGUUUGGGCCAGGUUUUUCAGUCAGAUGCUAAGUGUGUGGAAAUUACUAUACCUCUAAAUAUUUUCAUGAACUUCGACAGCAGUGUGCAAGCACAAUUUUGCAAGGUUGCUUAAGAAGUGGUGAAUAGGGUAAGCAUUUUCAUUUUCCCUGCUGAGAUAAAGCAGGAAGUACUGUGGAGGAGACAGAUAGAUCUAUAUGUCUAUAUCUAUAUCUAUUUCUAUAUAUCGAGAGAGCACCACCAGCAAAGGGAAGUUCAGAUUUUACUAGGUUCAUCCAUGUGAAAAAAACAGCCUAUGAAAAGCCUUUCUUAGGUCGGCAGUGGUCAGGUAUUAGCAGUUCUGUAAGACUUGACCAAAGACAUACACCUACGUACCUGUACACAAGCGGUUUGAAGGUAUUUUAGUAAUAACAGUAAAUUAAGAGGAGUAUGAGAAGAAGUUAGCAUAUGAUACAGAAGAUGGCAUACAUGGACAAAGGGAAGUUAAAACCUAGGGAGAGAACCAUUACAGUUUCCUAGAGGUGUCUCAAGCACUCCCAUUCCAAAACUGACUGCUAUAAGCAGUAACUCUUAUUCUCUUUUUUUAAGCUUUAUUUUAUUUAAGAUUCUAUUUAUUUAUUUGACAGGUAGAGUUACAGACAGUGAGAGAGAGAGACAGAGAAAGGUCUUCCUUCUGCUGGUUCACUCCCCAAAUAGCUGCAACAGCCGGAGCUGGGCCGAUCUGAAGCCAGGAGCCAGGUGCUUCUUCCUGGUCUCCCAUGUGGGUGCAGGGGCCCAAGCACUUGGGCCAUCCUCCACUGCCUUCCCGGGCCACAGCAGAGAGCUGGACUGGAAGAGGAGCAGCUGGGACUAGAACCCGGCACCCAUAUGGGAUGCUGGCGCAGCAGGUGGAGGAUUAAUCUAAUGUGCCAUGGCGCCGGCUCCUACUCUUCUAAUUUUUUUGAGAGAUGUUUUGAAUUGGCAAAUUGAUAUGAAAAUGUGCACUUGUGAAGUUUGUUGCCAGAGUCUAGGACAGAAAUGUUCACAUCCUAUGCAUCCUUCUGGGUGGGUAUGAGGGUGUGUAUACAAAUCAAGAGGCGUCCUUAAGACUGAGGAGCCUGAGCGGAGCAAAAAAACACCAACUUCCCUUGAGACCCUGUGCAUGGUAAUGCCAUCUACGGCCGUUCAUAUGUGGCCUGGCUGCCUUAAAUAUGCAAAGACAAACCACAGGUGGUCCAAGGGCCACCUAGAGCAGCUCCCUGGGGUCAUGACCUUGCAUUUUAUAAUUUCUAACCCUAUUAGAAAAAGCAUGAGACGCGAGUAUGCUGGGAAUGGCAGCAACCUUCCUAAUCUCCUCUGUAGACUUUGCAGGAUGUUAAAGACUCCAACUACAGGAAUCAUCCCAAGGAUUAAGUUCAAAGAAAUAGUGCACAAUAGAAAUACACUAAAAACUACACUGUAGCUGCUGGGGGACUCUGGUACACAGUUGGUGGUCAGCAUGUCACUGCACACAAACUCAGGAAGCAUUGCUCCGGCCCCCCACGGCCAUGUCCAGGGGGUUCUGUGUGUUUUGUUUCUAGCCAUGUCCAAGGUCACUCUUUGUGUUCUCCAGGAACAGCAGGUCGUGUUGUUGUAAUGAGUUUUAAGUUGUUGAUGUGAAAAACAUUUUGAAAUGAAUUUGUCAACAUGCUGGCUUUGUGUUUUAACCAACUUGGCACAUACACAGUGUGUCAUGGCAUGGUUGGCUUAGGAGCGCUGAGUCUCUUCAUCACUGAAAUAGUGAUUAAGUGAGUGCGGAACGUGGCUUCCUAGAGUAGACUCAUUCCUUUUUCACAAAAUAAGAGUUCUGAUUUUUGUUUUUUUAAAAAAGUGAAUCCAUGUACACUGUUUUUUCUCUUUCAUGAUCUGAAGUUAUUUUUAUUCUGCAUCAAUAAGAUUUAAUUUCCAUUUUGGUUUAAGUGGGAAAAUAAAAUAUAUUAGGUACAGGGGGAGUUAAUAUCCAUGAGAAAGGUAUGUAAGGGUUACAGUGGAUACAGUCUGUCUUUACACACACACACACACACAGUAGUGAAUAUUUAUAGGUCUGGAUUCUGAUCUCCAAAUUUGACAUUCUGAGAAAAACAAGUCACAGCCAAGUUGAAUUCACAGUGCCAGUCCUAAACGUAAAUGGAAAAGCAGGGCACAGACCCUUCACAUUGCCCCUGGACAAUCACUGCACCCCAGCUUCCUCUUUCCUCUUAAAAAGUGGCUGGAGGGGUGGGUGUUGUGCAGUGAGUUAAGCUCUGGCUUGGGACACCUGCGUCCCAUAUCAGAGUGCCCAUGGGAGCCCUGGCCAUUGUGCUUCUGAUCCAGCUUCCUGCUAAUGUGCUUGGAAAGGUAGCAGAUGAUGCCCAAAGCACUUGGGCCCCUGCCACUGGUGUGAGAGAUCGAGAUGGAGUUUCGGGCUCCUGGCUUCAGUCUGGCUGUUGUGGGCAUUUGGAGAGUUGAUUGAACCUGCAUGUGGAAAACUGGUGUGUGUGUGUGUGUGUGUGACUCUGCCUUUCAAAUAAAUACUUUUUUUUUUUUUUUAAAUAAAGAACUUGACAAAACUC